AUGUCCUCUAACAUCUCCUCCGCUUCUACCAUCUCCUCCGCUUCUACCAUCUCCUCCGCUUUUACCAUCUCCUCCGCUUCUGCCAUCUCCUCCGCUUCUGCCAACUUAGCCACCUCGAAAGUUUUCAUUGCUUCCUGCCAUCCCUCCCCGACCGGGUCUGUUGAAGCCAGGAGGGCUCCUCUUCCUGGGGCUCCCAGUGGGCAACAACAAGCUGGGAUCAGGGGUCUCUUGAAGCCAGGCGGCCUCUUCUUCCUGGGCCUCCCAGUGGGCAACGACACGCUGAUCAGGAGUCUCUUGAAGCCAGGCGGACUCUUCUUCCUGGGGCUCCCAGUGGGCAACGACACGCUGGUGUUCAAUGCGCAUCGGGUGUACGGUCCCAUCCGCAUACCGCUGCUGCUCGACGGCGGGAAGCUGCUGGACGUGUUUGGGGUGUCCAGUCUCGAAGCAGCUUGUAGGGAGAACCUGGAUAGGGCCAACAUACAGCCUGUCAUGGUAUUGACAUAUACUUCUUAG